GGGAGACAAGACUUGAAACCAAAGAAUCAACUAUAAAGCCCAGCAUUACUGAAUAUUUAUCCUAUGGGGUAAUGAUGGAAAGGGAAGGCCUCUGGCCUUCUUCUUUAGGGGAAGCCUGGGAACCUGAUAACUGGUUAGAUGGGCAACAGAAAAACCAGGACAGACAUCUGCGCCAAGAGGCCGUUACUCAUAAGGAAACCCUCCCUGAGAGGAGGGCAUGUGGAGGUCAUGAAUUUGAAAGAUGUUCUAGUCAGGGGUCAAUCCUUGAUAUACAACAAAGUAUUCCUGUGGGACAAAGGCCCCAUAAUCAGAAUUCACAUGGAGAAGACACUAAACAGAAUUCUGAAUUAAUUAAAACUCAAAGUAUGUUUGUAGGAAAGAAAAUCUAUGAAUGUAAUGAAUGCGGGAAAACCUUCAGCCAGAGCUCAUCUCUUCUUAAGCACCAGAGGAUUCAUACUGGGGAGAAACCCUAUAAGUGUAAUGUAUGUGGGAAGCACUUCAUUGAACGCUCCUCCCUUACUGUACAUCAAAGAAUUCAUACUGGGGAGAAACCCUACAAAUGUAAUGAAUGUGGGAAAACCUUCAGCCAGAGCAUGAACCUUACUGUUCAUCAAAGAACGCACACUGGAGAGAAACCCUAUCAGUGUAAAGAGUGUGGAAAAGCUUUCCGUAAGAAUUCAUCCCUUAUUCAACAUGAAAGGAUUCAUACUGGAGAGAAACCAUUCAAAUGUAAUGAAUGUGGGAAAGCUUUUACCCAAAGCAUGAAUCUUACAGUUCAUCAGAGAACUCACACAGGAGAAAAACCCUAUGAGUGCAAUGAAUGUGGGAAAGCCUUUAGUCAGAGCAUGCACCUUAUUGUACAUCAGAGAAGUCAUACUGGAGAAAAACCCUAUGAGUGUAGUGAAUGUGGAAAAGCCUUUAGUAAAAGCUCAACCCUAACUCUGCAUCAACGAAAUCACACUGGAGAAAAACCCUACAAAUGUAACAAAUGUGGGAAAUCCUUUAGCCAAAGUACAUACCUUAUAGAACACCAGAGACUUCACUCUGGAGUAAAACCUUUUGAAUGUAAUCAGUGUGGAAAAGCUUUCAGCAAGAAUUCAUCUCUUACUCAACAUCGGAGAAUUCAUACUGGAGAGAAACCUUAUGAAUGUAUGGUAUGUGGAAAACAUUUCACUGGGCGAUCUUCCCUUACUGUACAUCAGGUUAUUCAUACUGGAGAGAAACCUUAUGAAUGCAACGAAUGUGGAAAGGCCUUCAGCCAGAGUGCAUACCUUAUUGAACAUCAAAGAAUUCAUACUGGUGAGAAACCCUAUGAAUGUGAUCAGUGUGGAAAAGCCUUCAUUAAAAAUUCAUCCCUUAUAGUGCAUCAGAGAACUCAUACAGGAGAGAAACCCUAUCAGUGUAAUGAAUGUGGGAAAGCCUUCAGUCGGAGUACAAACCUUACACGACAUCAGAGAACUCAUACCUGAGUUUUUUCAUUGAACCCUUCACCAGGAUUAACUCCUCGGUGAUAAUCAUAUAAGUCAUGUAACAUAGAAACCUAAUAAAUGUAAUGAUUGUAG